AGCGGGAGGGCAGGGACGGCCCCACAGACCUGCCAGCCCCCACUCCCGUCGCCCCGCGGUCCCACUGGGCUGGGACCGGUCCCCGUCAAAGUUUGGGCCAUUUGGAAGAGGCCCUGUUAUAAGCGCCCUAGACUUGAAAUCACAGUCGUCGUUUUUCAGAUGGAGGAACUGUGUGCCAGAGAGGUCUGGCGCUUAUUAGCUGUGUGAUCUAGAAUAAGCCACCUCAACUCCCCGAGCCUCAAACUUUAAGUGUGUUGUAAGGAAUAAGUACUAGAGUAUAUGUUAGAGUGGUUUUAAACUGUAAAUUUCUCUGCAGAUUAGGGUUGCUUUUAUCCCCAUUGGGGCCCUGGUGGUGCAGUGGUUAAGCCUUUGGCUGCUAACCAAAAGGUCGGCAGCUCGAAUCCACCAACCGCUCCUUGGAAACCCUGUGGGGCAGUUCUACUCUGUCCUAUAGGGUUGAAAUGAGUCGGAAUCGACGUGACGGCAACAGAUUUGGUUUUUGGUUUUAGCCCCACGAUAAAGGUUGCUACCAUUUCUUAAGCACCAUGUUCUGGAACUGUAUGGAGCACUUUGCAUAUGUUAUCUAAUCUUCACAACAAAUCCAUAAUUUAGGAUUAUUGGUUUUAUUUUGUCGGGGGCAAGUGUAGACUCUAAGGGGUAAAGUGUCUUUCCCAGGAUCCCAGAACAAGUGAGCGUAGAACUGGAUGGGAGUCACAGCUAGGACAGGCUGCCUGCAAAGCACUAAGCUUAAACACUAAGCUAUGCUACUUCUUCUCUUAUUCCUAUUAGAUUUGUUGCAAACGCCUGGGUUAUGCAUUUUUUGCCUGUGGGAAUAUGGGUAUAUUUAAAAUUAGUUAGGGGGACUCUAAAAUUAUUCCUGGAAAGAUAAGAGCCCCUGGGAAUAAAUAUUUUUAUAAGGUUUGGGACACAUGUUCCUGACAUAUGACAUUCUUUUUAUCCCUGUGGAAAGGAACUGGAGCGGGUAUUGCACAUUUCAUGGGUAGGUUAGUGCACUGGGGAAUCCAAAUGAGAAACAGACGUGUCUACUGAUGAUUAUUGUCAACAUUUUUCUAGAGAAAACUUUCUAGGGAAGAAUGUCAGAUGCAGAAGAAAACCCAGUAGAAGAAACGGAAGAAGAUGGAGAAACAGAAACGGAAGAAGAAGAAUAUAAUCCAAAUUACCAAAGGAUAGAAGAAGAAUAUAAUCCGGAUUACCGAAAGAUGGAAGAAGAAGAAGAAUACAAUCCAAAUUACCAGAAAGUAGAAGAAGAAGGAGAAGAAUAUAACCUGAACUACCAAAAGGUAGAAGAAGGAGAAGAAAAAGAAAAAGAAUAUAAUCCAGAUUACCAAAAGCUAGAAGAAGAAGAAUAUGAUCCAGGUUACCAAAAGGGAGAUGAACAAGAAGAAAAUCCGAAUUAUCAAGAGGCAGAAGAAGAAGAUGGAGAGGCAGAAGAAGACACAUUAGCAGGGAAGGAGUCUCCUGAGAUAGAGGCAGCUCUAGCAGAGGAAAUGGAGGGACAGGCUGGAGAAGGUCAGGAGGAAGAGAUUGCAGAACAGGAAGAAAUCAUCGUGCCCCAAGAAAUCACUCAGGCUAUGAUGAGUUUUGAGCGACUUAUGAUUCCUGGUUCACAUUCAGUCGAGUCGGGAGUUUCCCUCAAAAAGCAGAGUGGGAGCAGGUCAGAGCACGUAUUAGAGCCAGAGGGUUCUGAAGUAUUUGAACUUUCACAAUUUGAAAUUCCUAAUUUGGAUCAAAAUGGUUCUGAGGAGCAACAGCCCUCGGGUGAGCUUGGGAAGAAAACGCAUCAGACGCCCAGACAAGAAGUAGGACCAGAAAAGGGAGCGUGGGGGAGAGGAAAGAGAGUCUCGUACUACUUGAACCCAGACGGAAAAGCAGCAGCCCCAAAGGAGUCCCUCGUGUCCACCACCACAGAAGAUGCUUUGUUUAAAAAGGACGACAGCGCCAAAGUGUUCCCCUUGACCAUGACUUGGGCGUUCGGAUGGAACAGCUCCCUCCCUGUCUUCAGUAUUCGAGAUGGAAACCAGAGAGUUCUUCUGUACGUCUGCGCGCACACUGCCGUCAUCUACGACGUUUUCCAGAACAAACAACACCACCUGCAGGGCCACGCCAAUGUCAUCUCCUGCCUCUGCAUCAGCGAAGACAGGAGGUGGAUUGCCACGGCUGACAAAGGGCCCAACUGCCUGAUAAUUAUAUGGGAUUCCUUCACAGGUAUCCCCGUGCACACAAUAUUUGACAGCUGCCCAGAAGGCAACGGCAUCAAGACAAUAGCCAUCACCCGUGACGCCAAGUAUCUGGCAACCAUCUCAGAUGGUAAAGACCAGAAAGUUUGCAUCUGGAAGUGGACCUUAGCCGUGGACACGCCUGCAUGCACUCUGGACCUUAACAAGGAGUAUGGUUUUCAGAACUACCUUAUUUUUAAUCCAACGAAUAAUAAAGAAUUGGUGAGCAAUAGUAAAACCCGGGCAAUAUAUUAUUCGUGGUAUGAAGAGAAAAAUACCCUUGCUCACAGUGCCCCACUUUUAACAGAAAAAACAUUUAACAAGCUCGUGGGAAAAUUUAGCCAGUCCGUCUUUCACCUGAAUUUAACACAAAUACUCUCGGCAACAAUGGAAGGAAAGCUGGUUGUCUGGGACAUACACCGACCACCACCGUCUGCCACCUUUUUGGGCUUUCCCUAUAUCAAACCUUGUAAACUGGUUCAUUUGCAGAAAGAAGGCAUCACCGUGCUCACUACAAUUGAUAGCUACAUCGUCACAGGUGACAUUAAGGGUAACAUUAAGUUCUAUGAUCACACCCUGUCCAUUGUUAACUGGUACAGCCACUUCAAGCUGAGCCCCAUACGAACGCUGUCCUUUUCAAAGACCCCGCCAUCUCCUUCUACCGAAAAAUCAAACUAUCCUCCAGACUGCACUUUAAAAGGUGACCUUUUUAUCGUAAGGAACUUCAUCAUCAGCACCUCGGAUGCUGCUGUGUAUCACCUAACGGCGGACGGGACCAAACUUGAGAAGCUGUUCGUUGAGCCCAAGGAUGCCAUCUGCGCAGUCGCCUGCCACCCGUACCAGCCCCUCCUGGCCAUUGGGAGCUUCUGCGGGAUGAUCAAAGUGUGGGACUACGAGAGUAAAACGUACCUAUUCAGCAGGGUCUUUGAGAAGGGCCUUGGUGUCCAGAGUCUGACCUACAACCCGGAAGGAGCCAUUCUUGGAGCUGGGUUCACAGAGGGGACAGUUUACAUUCUCGAUGCAAUGUCCUUAGAAAAUGAAAUCGCAGAGCCUUUCAGAUACUCCAGAAGCAGUGUGACUCAUAUAAGUUUCUCCCACGACUCCCACUAUAUGGCCACAGCGGAUGUAAAUUAUACCGUUGCACUUUACUGGGUGGUCGUCAGACACGGACAGAGGGUCUGGGAAUACUUAGCAAGACUUCGUUCUCAUCGCAAAAGCAUCCGGAGUCUCCUUUUUGGGGUGCACCUGGACAGCAAUGAGCCCAGACUGCUGAGCCUCGGGAGAGACCGUCUCUUGAUUGAGUAUAAUCUCCUCAGGACCUGCAAAGACCACCUGGAAGUCCUGGACAUUCACCGAACCGACCAGGGCUGCUACCCCACCUGCAUGGUCUGGUAUCCGCCACUCACCAAGGAACUCUUCCUGCUCAUCUGCAACAGCGGCUACAAAGUGAAGCUCUUUAAUUCCACCACAAAAAUGUGCAGAAAGACACUUCUUGGGCCAACUUAUGGUUCCCCCAUUGAACAAAUCCAGCUCCUGCCAGUGAAAACCGCUAGUGAACUCCAGAAACGCUACCUGGUGUUUAUUAACAGAGACAAGGUUGGACUGCAGAUCUUACCUGUUGAUGGCAAUCCACAUAAGACGUCUGCUAUCAUUUGCCACCCGAAUGGGGUAGCUGGGAUGACUCUUUCCUAUGAUGGCUGCUACGCCUUCACGGCAGGAGGACAUGACCGCUCGGUCGUGCAGUGGGAAAUUAACUUAAGCGCCCUGGAGGCAGCUGUUUCCCUUGGGGGUGAAGACUUGACCCCGUUCUACGGUCUGGUGUCUGGUGGCCGGGAAGGACAGUUCUACAGGGAGCUGGAAGACUAUUUUUACUAUUCCCAGCUCCGCAGUCAAGGCAUAGACACCAUGGAGACCAGAGAGGUGUCAGAGCACAUCUGCCUGUCGGAGCUUCCCUAUGUCAUGAGAGCCAUUGGCUUUUACCCCUCCGAAGAGAAGAUUGACGAUAUGUUUAACGAAAUCAAAUUUGGAGAGUAUGUAGACACUGGAAAGCUUGUCGAUAAAAUAAACUUACCAGAUUUCCUUAAAGUUUACAUUAAUCACCGGCCACCUUUUGGUAACACCAUGAGUGGUAUCCGGCACAGCUUUGAGGUCCUGGGUUACACCAAUUCAGAAGGAAAGAAGGUUAUUCAAAGAGAGGAUUUCUUGAGACUGCUUCUAACAAAAGGUGAACACAUGACGCAGGAGGAGAUGUUGGAUUGCUUUGCCACGCUGUUUGGCAUGAACCCAGAGGGCUGGAAAUUGGAGCCUGCAACCACCUCUUUCAAAGGUGCAGAAAUUUGCCUUGAAGAAGCACUCCCGGACGAAAUCACAGCAGAAGUAUUCACGACUCAAAUUCUUGGCUUAACCAUUUCAGAAGAUUCCGGACAAGAUCAUAUGGUCCGUGAAGUAUAA